CAGAAAAUGGGACAGAUGGACCAAGUAUUCAAGAACCAGGACCAGCAGGCAUCCCAAUCAGAGCCAGCUUCAUUGUGGCAAUCACACCCUUCAUAUUUUUUUGUUUCCUGGUACCCUAGAAAUACAGUAGCCUAUCAAGUGACAUCCGACUAUGUGUUUAAAAGAGAAGAAAAUACUAUAUAAUAGUUGAACAUAUGUGAACUAACUUCAAACUUAUAUAGAGGUGACCAAAGACCUCCAGCCAUCCAUCCCUUACAUGUGAGUUUAAACAUCAGAUAGGGGCUACAGGCCCAUUACACAAAGUCUUCCUUCACAUGUUUGACAGAAUCACACCGUUUUUCGGUCAGUUACCAAACCCCUCUGCUCUCCUUCCUGCACACCAGCAGCCAAUUUGACGUGUCGUUUUAGCCCUUUCUUAAACUACAGCUGGCCAACCAGGUCCCUGUAUAACUAAAGAAAACGGGACCACCUGUUUUUUUGUCCAUUCUGCAGUGAAAAGUGGAGGAAUUAAUGUCUUGGUUUUCAUCCAGCCAGACAUAGCAAAGGCAGUUUUCUCCCAGAUGUUGCUGUAAAAACACAUGUCCUUGAGAAACAUCUGGAUUUCUAUAGAGGGUAGAAGUUGUUUUGACAUUUUACCAAAAGAUUUUCACCACAAAAUUAAUAUUUAAAAGUUUAAAUAUAAUGCCUACUUUAGCCUUUCUCACUGAGCUAAUUGAUGCAGGUUGUGCAGCUGGCAAUCUACUUGGCAGGGUGUAACUAUUAAGCAAUGGAUUCUUCUGGACAACUAAUAUAUCAGAGGUUAUUUUAAGCACAGCACCUUGCAUCUGGCAGCAAAAAAUUAAAAAUAAAUAAAUAAUAAUGCAGACGAGGAACUGAAUCCUCAAAUCGAUCCAGGAGCUCAAAAAAGAUCCCCCUCACCGCAAAGUGAUAUCAGAGGCGCUUUAACCAUUUACUGACCUGAUGGGGGACAUUAAUCCUUACAAGAUUAAAGAGGUAUCACUUUAUUUUAGAUAAAAAUAUAAAGUGAGUAAGACUUGGAAGCUGUGCGCUCUGAUGGCGUGUUUCAUGUAAACAAGCUGAGGCGCACCGUGGGGGCGCACGGCGCACAGAGACGCCCACGCAGGCCGAGGAGAAGCGAGCGCUAUAAAACCUCCAGACCCUUCAGCUCAGCAGAGCCGCGCCUGCAGAGGAAAAACCAAUAAAGCUCAUCGGAGGACAUCGAUUCAUUACAAUUCAUCCAGCGGCGGUGGAUUUCAUUACGGGAAAUAUGAAUGCUGAGCCUUUGGAAAAUAAAAACCACUGCUUUUAGGUCUCUUGGAUUGUUUUAAGGACCUUUCCUUUGGAGUAUCUUUAAAGAUCACCUGUGACACACAUUUUCAGAUGGACUGAGAGGACUUUUUGCUCUAAUGCUCACCUUUAAAAUGGAUCCGAUACGAGUGAAAAGUCAGAGAUGUUUGCCUUGAGACACUUUAACUCAUCCGCCUCCUCUCCUCUUCCAUCUUGGGGGAAUGGCAGUGCUGUUAUGGUGGAAGCCAUGGUGACAGCUAUGGAGCAGCAUCCAAAGGAAAAUAUCACUGCAAUGCAGAACCAAAUCAGUGGCGGCAUCAUUGUGGUGUUGCUUAUGUCUCUGGGCAUCAUCUCUAACACUGUGGCUCUGUUUAUCCUGGUCAAUGCCUACUCCUUGCAGCGCCGGCGCUCCAAAGCCCCGUUCCUCCUGUUUGCUACUUCUCUGGUGAUCACAGACUUCUUUGGGCAUUUGAUUCCAGGUGCCCUGGUUCUGAAGCUCUACUUUACCGGCAGAGCCAGCCCAGAAUACUCCACUGAUAGCAUGUGCCAGUUCUUGGGGGGCAGCAUGGUCUUCUUCGGCCUUUGCCCACUCUUCAUGGGCUGUGCCAUGGCUGCAGAGCGAUGCCUGGGCGUCACCAAACCGCUGCUACACUCAUCCCUGGUCACCACAACACGCACUAAGGUCUGCCUGGCUGCCAUCUGGCUGGCAGCUCUGAGUGUAGCCCUGCUCCCCUGCUUCCAGCUAGGCUCCUACACCUACCAGGAGCCAAAGACCUGGUGCUUCAUCAACGUGCUGCAUAACACCAAGGAGGUGGACGUGGCUUUUGUUGUGCUUUUCUCUGGACUGGGCCUAACCUCACUCACUGUGGCACUGGUGUGCAACACAAUCAGUGGGCUGACAUUGGUAAUGGUACGUAUACGGAGGCAGCCUGGUUCCCAUCACUCAGCCCGCUCCCAUGACAUAGAGAUGAUGGUGCAGCUGGUUGGGAUCAUGGUCACUUCAUGCAUCUGCUGGAGCCCUCUGCUGGUCUUUGCUGUGAUGUCGGUGAUCCAGUCUUCCAGCAAAGCUGUGGGUGAAAACCUGGCCUACUACCAAACUCUGAUGCACAUAGGAGUGAGGCUGGCCACGUGGAACCAGAUCCUGGACCCCUGGGUCUACAUCCUGCUGCGCCGCACUGUGCUCCGCAAAAUCUACCUCAUUGUGAAGUGCCAGGCAGGCCUGGAGGGAACCAUGACAGGCCGCUGGGAGAAGAGCUUGUUCCCCAGCUUGGACCAGAAACAAGUCAACCAGUUCUGAGCAAAUCUCUGGAGACUGCUAAUGUUUUUCGGGGGAAAUGUUCUUGCAAGUUCUCUGAACACAUAAAAAAGAGUUGAGUGAAGAAGUAAACAUGACUGGGAGGCGGUCCAGGUUUGGAGGUUCGCUUUCAAGAUCAGUCAAGACUUUUUUUUUUCUCAGACAUGAAAAAUGCAAGCUAGCUAAGUCUGUGAUUUUGCACAAAUAAUCAUAAAUUCUCUUUUAGCUUUACAGAAAGUGAACAUUCCUUUAUUCUAUUUCUAUUCUAUAUAUAAUACAAGGAUUUAGAUAUAUCUAUGUCAUACUCAUCUAUCUGAGCCACCAUGAGGUAUUGUGAACUCAUUUUUGGUGUGAAACAUUCAAAUCAGUGACCUUUGAUCAAGUUUGUGAACUUUUCCAUCUAGAAGUAAUUUUACAGUGCCCUGUGCUGGUUCAGAUAUGAUGAGUGUGAAAACCAACACAAAUAUCUGUUCAAAGGAAAAGGUUUAAUCUCCAGUCAUAUCUUUAGCAGCUCAAAAAGCUCUGACACAUGCACAGUGUAACCAUCAGAGGGCCCCAGAAAUGACCUGGAGAGUUUAACUGUUGCUUAGGUUUCUACUGAAUGUAAUUUAUUAAAUGUCCAACUUUCAUAUGUAGGUUUGACGUUGUGUAUCAUGCUAUGUUUUUAUAUGUCUAGGUAGGAAGCAGUGUUCAUUUCUUAAGCUAAUACUUGAAUGUUGCCCUCAGUUUACUGAGAACCCGUAAAAUACUUAAAACUGAAUGUAAAUAAAAUGA